AGGUUUUGGCUUCUCAUGCCAAAGUCCCAGGUUUGAUUUUCCAUAUGGGUACAGUGGAGCCCAUUUCUGGUGAUUUUGCUGGAAUAUUGAGAAAGCAGCAUAAAACUUUUAUAUACUUUUCAUAUAACAUGUACAAUGAAGUUCUAUUUGUGACAAACCUGUUAAAUGUUUUACCAACUCAACUCAAGUCCUGAUUGUGUUCAGUGCAGAAUUAUCAGAGCAUGAGCUGGCGUUCAAGUCAAAGUCUAGAGCCUUUUAUGAUGUAAAACAAGGAUGCAUAUCACUGCAACUCUUCUCAGAAAUACUUUGCAUGGGGCUUUUCUCGGAAAGCAUUGAUAAUGUUGAUAUGGAUUUCCUGUGAAUGAGACGUAACAUGCAGGUGCGUGUCUUUCUGUUGCAUGUGUCCUGCUGUGUAAACCCGAUAUGUUGCGUCAUUGAGGAUAUUCGACGGCAAGAUGCAGAAUGCAUGAAGACCGUGGAUAUAUACCCGUAUGGCUUCCUACAAACGAUCCUGUGGGGAUCCAAGGUCACAAUUGAUCCCCAGCAACCCAUGCUGUAACCAUAAUAAACAAAGACAUAAAACAAACAAAGCUACAAAUGGAUACAACUUUUAAUAUGCAUUUACAAUUAAUAAACUGCAAGUGCUUUCUGAGUGCAGAGUUUCAGCUUUUGUGUAUGCAUGUCAAGUUGACCAUCAACAGCUUCCAAAAAUAAUGAUAAAAUACAGAGCAUUACCAUGGGAACUGAAGAUUAGGAACGGUGGGACAUUUACAGUUUGACUGAGAUGCAGGUGUACAAUAUGGAAAAGUACUGGCAGAAGGAUGGAUAUUUUGGAUACCUUUCAAAGCCAAUAGAUUCAUAUGAUACUUCAGACUGAAGCAGUUCUACGCAGAUGGCGUCAAGCCACUCAUGGACUUCUUCGACGCGGCCAAUGGCCUGGUUUGCCCGGAGAAUCCCGGCGAGGCCAGGAUCAGCAAGAGCAGUGUCAUGGGCCUCUUCAUCAGGAGGAUGGUUCUGGCCUUCAACAAGCUGUCCUUCAGUCAGGUGACCUCAUUCCACAGGAAGAUCAAGGCUUACUACGACAUCAUGGCCGCCAGAUACGGAGACGACCCUGACCUGGCCAAGUCCCUCACGGACUCGGUGAUGAGUCUGUCCGGCGCUGGGCCUCCCCUCACCCGUAGUGGGCUGGCCAAGUCCUUCGAGGCCAUGAACCUCAACGAUGGAGGAGGUUUGUCAGGGGGAUUCUAUUCCCAGAAACAAGCCGAGUAUUUCAUCGCUCAGCAGGCGUUCCUGCUGCUGCACAACGAGGGGAAGGCCCUGCCCCCCACGCGCCUCCAGGAGAAGAUCACCAGCAUGCUGAAAGCAAAACCUGACCUGGCAGAAGCACACUUCCUGAGUUACCUGAACAGCCUCCGAGUGAAGGAGUACUGUACCGCGGUACACAACCUGUACCACUACUUCGACCGCAACGCCAACCUGACAGGGGAGACAACUGGCCAGGCAAACAAGAACCGCGAGGAAGAUGUGUGUCGCAGAUAUGCCGCCCUCAACUUGGCAGCCUUGCAGUACAGAUUUGGCCACAAAGACGAGUCGAUGGCAGCACUGAAUGAAGCGAUUCGGAUGGCCCAGGAGACCAACGAUCACAUCUGUUUACAACAUGCCCUGUCGUGGCUGCAUCGUCUGGGGGAGAAGGGCGUGAGUCAAGCUGCCAACCUCAUGGAGCGGUCCGUGUCCAAGAGUGGGGAACUCUCGCUGCCCUACUUGAUGUCUCUCGGAGUCCAAGCGCUGGCCAAACACAAUGCAUUCGCUAAUGCAAAACCUGCGAGUAUUUUUGAGUACCUGCUGAAGAGUGACAUCUUGAACUGCCAGCACUCGGUGGCGGGACUCAUGUGUGUCAGCUACGCCCAGAAGGCUGCUCUCUGGCACAUGUACGGCAAGAGGGAGAGCUCAUCAAUGUGCAGCCAGCUGGUGUUGAACCUGGACACGUCUGAGAGCGGAGUGUUCCACAACGGAGAGUCCCUGUGUAUAGCACUGUGUAACCUGGCUCAACAGCUGUCCGACAAGGGCCUGUACACUGCUGCUCUAGACGUGGUGGGUAACGCCAAGCAGCGCUUCCCGAGCCACACACAACACGCACACCUGUGGAUGGCCUGUGAGCAGAUGAUACUGUUUGAUCGAGCUGUCCUCAACCAUCGCCACAAGGCGGCAGAACAAGCAGUGUUGAACUUACGAGCUGUCAACCAGAAUGAAGCCAAUCUUAGGAACGCAAUCUUGUUGAAAGAGCAAGGGGAGGUAACUGCAGCCUUCACUCAGCUCCACACACUGUUGGCGUCCAAGGCAGAUCAGUGUGAGGAGCCUACACCUGACUUCCCUUGCAGAGUUCUGUUGGCCCUCUCCGACCUGUACAUCCAGACAGGAAACCACACCACGGCCUUGACUCAUGUCACAGACUGCAUCACUCGGGCCAAACAACAUCAUCUGCAGUACCUGGAUGCUAUAGCAACAGUACACCUGUCAUUUAUACAGUUCCACAUGAAACUUCCGAAGCAGGCACUGAGCCUCCUGGAGGUCAACCUGCUGACCGUGCUGACCAAUGGCAGCUGUCUGGACCAGGCCAAGACGCUGUAUGUCUACGCCAAGUGCCGGGUUGCAGCUGCAGCAAAGGAUGGGGAGGGGCCCCGGAAGGCAGCGCUGCUGUCUGGCGUGGACCUGAUGAACAAGGUGGUGGCCCUGUACCAGGGCAUGGAGGCCCAGCACCGCGUGAAGGACGCCCUGUACUACCAGGCAAGGCUGUACAAUGACCUGGGAUACCACUCCGAGAGGAACAAGUGUGCUCAUCGUUUCCGACAGCUGGACCAGCAAUUCCCGACUCUGUCACAGAUCACAGUGCUCGGGCUGGGAUAGGCUGUCCCCGCAUAGCAUCUUGUUUCAGGCAUAUUUUCAUGUAUAGAUAUAGAGUCAUGUGUGACAUGAGGGAGGUGUACAGGAAUCUGUGAGCUGAACACCACGAGACUAAAGCCAGAUCAGAUGGUAGAUUCUUCACCAUUAUGAUGAGGUCAUGCUGUUGAAGUUGAUUGAGUCAGGAAUUCACUGACCUUUCUGAACAAGUUAAACUGACACAACUAUUGGUCACUAAGAAAAAGAAGAAACAAUUAAAUGGUUUAAGUCUGAGAAAUUACUCAAAUCUGUUGAUAAUGGUGAUAAACUGUUUGAUUUCCGAUAUUUACAGUACAAGAAGUACAAGGCACUUUCAUGUUAACUUUCCUGAAUAUCAUUCAGUUGGGGUUCUCAUCCCUUCAAACAUGUCUCCCAGUAGGUUCAAUGUUGUUAUGACCGGUGGAGAUCCAGGUAAGAAUAGGUCUUCAGCAACCCAUGCUUGCCGUAAAAGGCGACUAUGCUUGUGGAAAGGGGCUACUGACGGGACCGGGCGGUCAGACUUGCUCACUUGGUUGAUGCAUCGGUGCUCAUGAUGUCAAUCACUGGAUGGUCUGGUCCGGACACGAUUAUUUACAGACUGCCAUGUGGUUAUGAUGUGGUGACCAAGGAAGUAAUCAACUGCUACACGGAGCCACUCACUGCUGUGAAGACAUGACAACAAAGUAUGAAGUAGAAGAGUCAUUUGUUAGAGGUAUACUUUUAUUCCUCUCUCUCCUGUUUCACAAUGACAUAUACAAUGAGACAGCAUGACUGAGAUGUCCAUCUCUACCAGAUUAAUGUGGCCAUGCAGUGAGCUGAUCUACAAGUAAUAAAACAACAACUUGGCUUUGGAAAUAUUUCAACUGUCAGGGGACAGAAGAUAUGAAAAUCAAAGAGCCUUCGAACUUUGUUUCAUCCAAAAUUCUCCAUGUAGAUAAGCUAGUUAAAAAAUAUUUAUCCUCUGGUA